CGGCGGGCCGUUUGAAUUUUGUCCUCGGUAUCUAGUCUCGCGAUCCCGGGCUUCGGUCUGAGACGGGUGUCUGUGCCUCGCGACCCACCUACGAGUAGGCUGUUUACUCCGGACCAGCUUGAGGUUGGCGUCUGGGUGUUGGGGAUCCCGCCUCAGAAGCAGCCUGAAGCAUUGCGUGGAGGGCUGGGACCGCGGGGCGCGCGGGAGAACCGGACUUGACUUAGCUGGAGUGGAUGCUUUCGACCGCCCUUCUCACUCCCCCUCGGUGAACAGCAACCGAGUUCUUUUCCCCUCUCUCUGCCUUCUUACUGGACCCCAGCCUGAACAGGAAAAGUGGUUGGUUACCCUGUCCUGUCCUUUGAGAGAGACUUACAAGGAUGGCCUCCUCAGAUCUGGAACAAUUAUGCUCUCAUGUUAAUGAAAAGAUAGGCAAUAUUAAAAAAACCCUGUCAUUAAGAAGCUGUGGCCAACAACCUGCCUUGAAGACUAUAUUAAAUAAACUAGGAGAUGAGAUCAUUGUAGUAAAUGAACUUCUAAAUAAAUUGGAAUUGGAAAUUCAGUAUCAAGAACAAACCAACAGUUCACUCAAGGAACUCUGUGAGGCUCUUGAAGAAGAUUACAAAGAUGUGGAACAUCUCAAAGAGAACAUUCCCUCCCAUUUGCCUCAAGUAAUAGCACCCCAGAACUCUGUUAAGGGAGCAGAUCUUGAUCCUGAAGAGCCAGUCAAAGUUGAGGAACCUGCACCCAUAAAGAAGCCCCCCAAAGAACAAAGAAGUAUUAAAGAAAUGGCAUUUAUAACUUGUGAUGAGUUUGAUGGUGUUCCUGUAUACAUGAAAUCCCGCUUAACCUAUUGUCAAAUUAAUGAUGUUAUUAAAGAAAUCAACAAGGCAGUAAUUAGUAAAUAUAAGAUCCUACAUCAGCCAAAAAAGUCUAUGAAUUCUGUGGCCAGAAAUCUCUAUCACAGAUUUAUUGAUGAAGAAACAAAAGAUACCAAAGGUCAUUAUUUUAUAGUUGAAGCUGACAUAAAGGAGUUCACGACUUUGAAAGUUGACAAGAAGUUUCAUAUGUUACUGAGUAUUUUGCGACACUGCCGGAGACUAUCAGAGGUCCGAGGGGGAGGACUUACCCGUUACGUUAUAACUUGAAGCCUUUGUGAGCUUUCGAACAGACCAACAGUAGGGUAUAGAGGCCAUCCUAAAAUUUUCUUAUAUAUAAUUUCUUUAGCUUUUUCAUUUUCUGCUUUUGUUUCUUUCUUAAAUAAAGCUUAUAUAUUUUCAAGAUUCACUUCUUUUUCAGUAAAUAUUUGGCCACCUGCUUUAUAAGCCUCUGUACUAGGCAUAUAAUCGAACUAAAAAAUGCUCUUGUCUAGUUUUUGUGUUUAGUAGACAAUGCUACAGACCCCAAUAAGGUGAGUACAGAUGUGAUACUAGAAGAAAAAGGUCAAGGAGAUGGUGAAGGAUACAUAGGCCCUUUGGUAUUAAAGAUCACUAGGGUCUAGAUUCCAUCAGUGGUAUUUCUAUCUACAAGGCAUGAUAGAUUAUAAACUUAGUCUCCAGCCCCUAUCCCAUCUGUGUGGUCAUAGCAAAUUAUCAAACCUGAGAAAGGGGGUUGUAGGAAUCCCCAUUUGUAGCCAAGUUGGAAAGAAGUAUGGAUAACCUGUGGACCCACUAGCUGUGAUUGGUGUUUGAAGUGUGGUGCAGCCUCAUGAGACUGUGCUCUUAGCCUGUGGGGUCUGCACCAACUCCAGGUAUGAAAGUGUCAUAAUUAACUUGUUUGUAGAAUACCUAGUUGGUAUCUGGAGAGUUGGAGAAUUGGUUCUAUAGAGGGAAAACUCACGUUUUUGGUGUCAGAAGUCUUAUGUGGAUGUAAUAUAGAAGAAAUAGCUUUUCCUUUUUAGAUGAAAAAGAUGAUGUAAUGUCAUGUGUGGGCAAGUUGAUAGUAGUUAUGAAAAAAUGGAUAAUUGGAUUAUAAAACCUUAGCCAUGCUUCUCUUCUGGGGAAACUGAUCUGCCUAUGUCUGUGCCAUCUGCUUGGCAUGCUUCUCUCUGGAGCAGAGAAUAAAAGUGUUUCACCAGGUGGUUAACGCCAUCACUGUG